AUCGAGGCAAUCAGUUGUUGUUGUGGCUCUCAUUCACUUGUGCAUACUCCCAGUCCCUCUCGCCUACGCUUCAAACACACCGCGAGGGCGCGCCCUCUGCUCUCUUCUCCGUCUUUUUGUCUCCCUACGUCAACAAACCCCCCUCCCCACUUCCCCGCCCAUGUGGCUCCGCCUCCGCCUCGCGAUGGUGGCGCUCGCCGCUCUUCUUUUGCCGCUCCUCGUCGCCGCAGGGCUCUGGGACGGCGGCAAGCCCGAGUCCAAGGUCGCCCGCAACGUCCUCGAAGGCAAGACGGAGGGGUACUGCAGCCCGUCCGGGCCGAUCGAGGCGACCAACUGCGCGUACGAAACCGUCGAAGCACUGAACAAGGACCUCUUCCCCGCGCUCCACAGCCUCGUGUCGCACCCCUUCUUCCGGUACUACAAAGUGGACCUGUACCGGGAAUGCCCGUUCUGGCGAGAGAACGGGCUGUGCAUGAACCGGGCGUGCGGCGUCGAGACGAUCGACGAGGCCGACGUGCCCGAGAAGUGGCGGACGGCGGCGCUCUCCGAAGUGGUGUUGACGGACGUCAACGAGGGCGUGAACGGGUGCUAUUUCCGCGACGACGACUUCUGCUUCAUCGAAGACGACGCGACGCCGGACGGGCAGUACAUCGACCUCAUCGAGAACCCGGAGCGGUUUACGGGAUACGCGGGCGACUCGGCGCACAACGUCUGGCGCGCAAUUUACCAGGAGAACUGCUUCGGCUUGAGCGAGAGCGUCAUCGAAGCCGCGCGCAAGGGCAAGGUCGUUCCCGGCCGCUCCCGCGCCGCCGGCAUGGGCUUGAACCCACUCCAAGCGGGGCAUGCGCCGCAAGACGCCGACCUGUGCGAGGAGAAGAAGCUCUACUACCGCCUGAUUUCUGGCCUGCACGCGUCCAUCUCGAUCCACAUCUGCGCCGACUACCUCGACCAAGCGACGGGGGAGUGGGCGCCUAACCUGGACUGCUUCGUCUCCCGUGUCGCGACGCACCCCGAGCGCCUGUCCAACGUCUACUUCAACGCGGUGCUCCUACUGCGCGCCGUGGCGCGCGCAGCCCCCUACUUCCGCGCGUACGAUAUCGGGAUCACGCCGCGCGGCCGUGAAAACGAAUGCACGCGCGCGCAACGCGCGUCCGACGCGCGCACGCGCACCGAGUUCGACGGCGUAAUCGGGCUGGCACAGCGCCUCGCCUCCGGUUUCGACGAAGAAGCGUUCUUCGCGGGCCCCGACGCGCCCGUCCUCAUCGAGCAGUUCAAGGGCGCGUUCCGCAACGUCAGCGCGAUCAUGGACUGUGUCGGGUGCGACAAAUGCCGGCUGUGGGGCAAGAUGCAGGUGGGCGGGUUCGGGACCGCGCUCAAGAUCCUGUUUGCGCUCGACGACGCCGACCUCGAUCCCCGCGCGAACCCGAACCUGCUGCAGCGCAGCGAAGUCGUCGCGCUCUUCAACACGCUGCACCGCGUCACGGAGAGCCUGCAGGCCGUAGAGGAGUUCAGGCAGAUAUAUGCGCGCACGCAGGCGGAGGAGGCGGCGGCGGCGCCGGGGCGCGUCGCGCGCAAAGCUGCGGAGCGGGAGGCCGCGCGCAUGGCCGCGCGCGAGAGGGAGUGGGGGCCGUGGCUGGGUGCUGCGGCGCUGUCGGUCGUCGCGGCGGUGAGGAGGGGGUGUGGCGGGUGUUCGGAAAAGACGCAUCCUGGAUUCCCGCCUCAUCCCUCCAAAAGGUGGAAAGCGAUUACGACACCACCCAUAGUACUCAAUCUGAUAGCAUGA